AAAACUGCUGAAAGUAAGUUGCCAGUACCUCAAGCCAAGAAGAAAACAACUUCCACUGUGAGUCAUGUCGGUUGUGAAGGAGCCUAUUUUCAACCUACAGCCAUUCGUUCAGCUACACCUAUAUCUUCUAGAGGAAGAGUAGAAUCAGCUAGAAAUGUUGCCUGUCAUGGACAAACUUUACAACACACCACAGAUGAUAAUAAUAAACUAAGUAGCCAAUACCAACAGUUAGGUUCUUCUAAAUCAUCGACAUCUAGAACCGGAUUAAUACAAGCUCUCGAAUUCGAUGAGAAGACAAAUGAAGAUGGGGAUGACAGCUUCAAUCUAGGUCAGACAUCCAGAUUUGGACCCCAGAAAGCAACAUUUAAAAAGAAGAUAAUAGUUAAGAAACCUGGUGAAAUAAUUGAAAGUAAAACUACCAACGGUGCUAAGAACAGUCAAAUAAAACAGAAACACUAUAAUCAUGCUGAAAAUUAUCUUGAAGAGAUAAAACAAGCAUUAGCUAAAGAUGGUUAUAGAACAUUUUCUAAAGCAUUACGUGAUUAUAAAGAACAGGGUGAUUAUAUAAAAGUUACAGCUGUAUUAGCUGAUCUGUUUACAUCUACACCUACUUAUUAUCAUCUAUUUAGAAAGUUUUACAGUUUUUUAAGAGCUAAACAUAAACAGGAGUUUGAUCAGUUAUGUAAAGAUAUAACUGGUGAAGGUGCUGGAUAUAAACCAGAAGAUAGUAUAUCUAAUAAACGACUUCGACAAGAUCAUACAGAUGGUCCUGCAGACAAAAAAGCAAAAACAGACAAUUUUAACAGUGCUAAACUUCCUUCAAUAACAGCAAAUGUGAUAACUGUGUCUUCUAACCCUUCUACAUCCAGUGCUCAUUUAAAUACUUUAUCAAACUGUGCAUUCUCAGAAACUAGUACAAGUAGUAAGGAUAUUAUUGACCCGCCAUCAGUGACUAGUAGUAAAUCAAACAGUCAAUCUAGUUCUAUAUCUACGUGUAGUUUAGAUAAUAAUGAGAAGUUAACUGAUGAUGUGGUGGAGAAUGUGAAUAAAAUUCUAACAAGUAGUAAUAAACCUUGUACAGGUUAUACUUGUUCUCUAUGUGGUAAUGAUUCUAAAGUACCAUUUGAAGCACUGUGUCAACAUACUUGUUGUCUAACAUGUUGGAGACAAGUUUUAGAUGGGAAUAAACUCUGUCCGGGUUGUGGUGUUAGAAUCAGACGAAGACAUCUCGUACAAAAACUGUUUGCAUCUGGACCAAAUUUAUUACAGUAAUUCUUGUACAAAGCAGGACUUCAUGUUUCUAUACAUGUGGUGAUAUUAUUAAAAUGUCAAAAUGUA